UUAGAAACGAAGCAGCUCUAUCUGAUAUGUGAGCCAUACCAAUGAUUCCAGCAAUUUCAUCCACUGAAAGUCGCGAGAAGGUUUCGCGAGGUAUCAUUAUAUGGAAGUUCUUUUCAUACUCGGUUACCGUGAUCUCUUGUGCUAAUGCUGGCUCCCCUAAUACGCUGAUGUUGAUCUCUCGCUUGACUGCACCAUCCAAUCGUUCGCCAAACCGUUGCAGCGCAGGACGCAGUACAGAGAGAUAUUUCUCAUCCGAAGCGGCCUGGCUCUUAUCACGUUGUUCUGCAGCAUCAUCUUCCUUCUCUUUGUUCGUAGUAGGUUCGUGCUGUUCUGCAGCAGCUUCUUCAUUCUCACUGUUUGUGUUAGGAAAGCGAUGUGCCAUCAUGCGGAAGAUAAGCCUAAACACUUUUCCGCAAAAAAGCCGAGGUAUUCACUGAGUUUAGGGCUUAUAGCACUAGAGUGGUUUCAUUUUUACAU